UUGACCUACGGUUGGCGUUCCGCAGGAAGCUGGUUGUUCUGUUGGCGUAGAGUUUCGGCAGUGUCAGAUUUGUUGAGUUUACUUAGUUUUGGACGCAAUGGAUGAGGAAUACGAUGCUAUUGUUUUGGGAACUGGACUGAAGGAGUGUAUCCUUAGUGGGAUGCUGUCGGUUUCGGGUAAGAAAGUACUCCACGUCGACCGCAACAAGUAUUACGGUGGCGAGUCAGCUUCCAUAACGCCUUUGGAGGAACUUUUUACACGUUUUGGUGCCCCCGCACCAGAUGAAUGUUACGGUAGAGGUAGAGAUUGGAAUGUUGAUUUGAUUCCGAAGUUUUUAAUGGCAAAUGGGUCGUUAGUGAAGUUACUGAUCCAUACCGGAGUUACGAGGUACUUGGAAUUUAAAUCUGUUGAAGGCAGCUAUGUUUACAAGGGUGGAAAGAUUUCUAAAGUCCCUGUUGAUCAAAAGGAGGCUCUGGCUUCUGACCUAAUGGGCAUGUUUGAGAAGCGUCGCUUUCGGAAUUUUCUGAUUUAUGUUCAAGAUGUUCGUGAAGACGAUCCAAAGACAUGGAAAGACUUGGAUCCCAACACAUGCACAAUGCAGCAGAUAUAUGACAAGUUUGGGCUUGAUAAAAAUACUCAGGAUUUUACAGGCCAUGCAUUGGCUCUAUACCGGGAUGAUGAAUAUCUCAACCAGACUGCAAUCCAGACAGUACGUCGAAUAAAGCUGUACAGCGAUUCCCUCGCAAGAUAUGGGAAGUCACCAUACCUAUAUCCAAUGUAUGGUUUGGGUGAGCUACCUCAGGGUUUUGCACGUCUCAGCGCUAUUUAUGGAGGUACCUAUAUGCUAGAUAAACCCAUUGACAACAUUGUGAUGGAGAAUGGCCGUGUUGUGGGGGUCCGAUCAGGAGAAGAAGUUGCAAAGUGUGCGCAGGUCUACUGUGACCCUUCUUAUGUCCCUGACAAGGUGAAGAAGACAGGCCAGGUGAUCAGGUGCAUUUGUCUCAUGAAUCAUCCGGUCCCCAACACACGUGAUGCUCUCUCAACACAGAUUAUCAUUCCUCAGAAACAAGUUGGACGUAAGUCUGACAUCUAUGUCUCUUUGGUAAGCUACACACAUCAAGUGGCAGCAAAGGGCUGGUUCAUCGCAAUGGUGUCCACAACAGUUGAAACCGAUAAUCCUGAAGUUGAGAUUAAGCCAGGUCUUGAUUUGCUUGGCCCAAUUCGGCAGAAAUUUGUGAGCGUGAGUGAUUAUUAUGAGCCAACAGAUGACGGCCUUCAGAGUCAAAUCUUCAUUUCUGCCUCUUAUGAUGCAACGACCCAUUUUGAAACUACUUGCCUCGAUGUGCUUGAUAUAUUUCGAAGGGGCACUGGAGAAGAUUUUGAUUUCUCAAAAGUUAAACUUGAUCUUGGAGAUGAGGAGCAGUAGAUGAAUUGAACCCGAAUCAUGACUUGUGACUGGUUAUCAUGCUUAUAUUAUAAAGCAUAAUUAAUCUGGCACCAGAUAUUUCGUACAUUCAGAAACUUAUUGAAUUCUACGUCAGUUUUAAUUUUCAUUAAGCUGAGAAAUACUGGUGCCAGCUUCAUUUAAAACAUUCCCCAUUAAAUCCUCAAUAUAAAUUGAGCUUGUUUUUAACCAAAUGUUAUCAUCUGAUAAAAUUACAAAAUGGGGAAGAAAGAUGUGAUGAUGCUGAACCUCAAAAGUAUAUGCAAGAGUUUUCAUUAUGUUGCUUAAAAUAAGGAAUUCCAAUCUUGGUCUUAAAAAGAAAGCAGGAAAGCAUAUAUUAGAGAGUACUAGUUUGUAGUAUAAUAUGGAUGAAAUACAAUGUGUGGUGUAGGUAUUUCCUGUAAAAUGCUUAUGCUGUUGUAUUUGAUCUGCCAAAGCUUGAUGUCUGUUAAAUAUAAAUGUAACUGCACCAAAUGUUCUAGCAUCAUUUCUCCAAAGGCUUUGAGGGUACAUUGUCCUACAGAUAACUGCAUAUAAUGUAAUAGCUAGGUAAGGACAUAUUGUUAUAAAGUAUAAGUGUAAUUAAAGGAGUAGUGUAUGAAUGUGACCACAUAAGAGGAGUCAGUAGGUGAAAUUGUUUUAAACAUGUCAGCCUGUAUGUUUCUUUGUGGUUUAUGUUAUUCAGAUAUAAUCACACAAUGGUAAGAGACUUGGUGGAUAUGCAUUUAUU